AUGGCCAAAAAGGCCACUACUGCUGAUCUUUCAUCAUCGGAUUUCUACGAUGAACCGUCAUCAUCUUUAGAAGAUUCACAAAGACGAUCAUCCCAAAAAACAACUAAAAAAAAGUCAAUUACAAAUUAUGUUACAGAUGUAUUAACUAAACAUGGAAAAAAUACUGGAGAAGAAAUUGAUUUAACACAAACUCGAGUGGAAAUUAGCACAAAACCUAGUACCAUUGAUUCAGGUUACGAAAAUAUCUCAGCUUUUCGACCAUAUCCAUCUAAUAGUGAAGCUAAAGGUAGAACUAAUGCACAACGAUCAGGUGGACAAAGUCCAAGCAGUGAUGAUGAACUUAGAAAUCCUUCAUCAACACAACAAUCAAAUGGUUUAGAGGAUUCAAUGACAGAAUUAAAUCUGGAUCCAAAUCCAAUUCAUGAAGAACGCGAAAGUGGUGAACAAGUAUAUAAACAAAAAGUUUAUAUACGUCAAUUACAACCACCAACUCCACAACCGAUGGAAAUUCAAGUUCAAGAAGUUUUAAUCAGACCACACAUGCAAAAACCACCGAUUCAUGUUCAUGUUGUUGGUCAACGUGAACCUCAAACUCCGCCACCAAUAACUAUUAAAACUCAACCACCACCACCUCCACCACCUGAACCAAGUCAACCGAUUAUUUACAAUAAAUAUAUUCCUCCACCAAAACAACCACCACCACAAAUAAUCAUUCAUCGUUAUCCUGAUCUACCACCUAAGCCACGUCCUAUUAUUGUUGAACAAUGGUUACCUUAUAAACCUGCACCAAAACGAGUUAUUAAGCAUUCCUUACCGCGUGAAGCUCUUCAAACACCACCACCUCCACAUAAUAUAAUUGUUUCCUAUUCCAAACCACGUGCAGUUAUUGAAGUUGAACUUGUUCGUUUACCGGUUGUUAAAAUUGAUCCUCAAGCAUAUGAACAAAUGAGUGCUGCUGGACAACAACAAUUAAUACAACAUCCAACAUUUCACCAUGAACAAAAUUAUUUAUCAGGAAAUAGAUCAGCAAGUCCAUCCCCUGAUGAAAGUCAAAUCGAUUGGCGGAUUUAA